CUAAGCAAUAAAUGGAUGGAGUUCCAUGGCGCCAAGAACUGGGAAGGUUUGUUAGAUCCUCUUGACGAUGGUUUGCGUGGAGAGAUCAUACGCUACGGAAGUUUCGUGGAGGCUGCAUACACGUCCUUUGACUUUGAUCCAUCUUCUCCGACUUACGCUUCAUGUCGCUACACAAAAAGCUCGAUACUUGAACGUUCCGGUGUCCACAGAUCCGGGUACAGAGUGACGAAACAUUUACAUGCCACGUCUUCCAUUCCCUUGCCACGUUGGAUAGAGAGGAUGCCACGUUGGAUGCAAGUACAGUCCAGUUGGGUAGGUUACGUAGCCGUUUGCGACGAUGAAAAGGAGAUCUCUAGGCUCGGAAGACGAGACAUCGUCAUUGCUCUCCGUGGCACUGCCACUUGUCUAGAGUGGCUUGAAAAUCUACGCGCCACCCUCACUCAUUGCAACUCCGACGACCAAAAAGACGACGGACCCAUGGUGGAGACCGGAGUUCAAAGCUUGUAUUCCUCCAGCAGCAUCAUAUCCCCGAGUUUACAACAAUUAUUACGAGAAGAGAUUGUCAGAUUACUAAGAAUGUACAGUGACGAGCCACUUAGUUUGACAAUCACCGGCCAUUCUUUAGGAGCUUCUUUAGCCAUUCUAGCGGCGUACGAUAUCAAAACCACCAUCAAACACUCUCCACAUCUCUCUGUAAUCUCAUUUGGUGGGCCCAGGGUCGGAAACCGAAGCUUUCGCCACCAUUUAGAGGAACAAGGAACGAAAAUCUUACGUAUAGUCAAUUCCGAUGACAUAAUCACAAAAGUGCCUGGGUUUUUCGUCGAAGAGAAUGAUGAUGUGGAACAUGAAGAGGAUGAUCAUGUCGCUCAUUUGACUGGAUGGAUACAGAAGCACGUUACAGAUAGUCGAUGGGUGUACGCUAACAUUGGGCAUGAGCUACGGCUAAGUAGUCGAGACUUGUUAAAGUUAAGCAGUAUUAAUGUGGCGACAUGCCACGAUCUCAAGACUUAUCUUGACCUUGUAAAUGGUUUUGUGAGCUCAAGUUGUCCGCUUAGAGCUGGUGCAAGUAGAAUGCUCAAGAAAGCUACUACUAUCCCUUCUCUACAAUAA